CUUCUAAUCAGGAUGGUUAACUUGAAGCAAUCGAUCGGCAGGAUUUUCUUGGUUGCAUCACUUUUGAUGCCUCAAGUUUUUGGAUUGGCAAUCGAAAGAUAUGAUUUCACUGAACAAUCCACAAAGUUCGCUAUAGAUUUUUACCGGAAUGUUUUCAACACAAACGAGAAUGCAAUUCUGUCACCGCUUUCCAUCCAAUCAACGCUAUCCCUGCUGUAUCACGUGGCAAACGAGAAAACCGCUUCGAAAAUGCAACAAAUCCUGGGACUGCCCGCUAAUCCGGAGCAGCUACGUUUGAACCUCCAAAAUCUGCUCAAUCGCACCAACAGCGACGACCUUCGAAUGGCGUCCAAGAUCUACCACAGCCAACUCUCGUUGCAUCCCGAUUUCCUCCCAGUGCUGCAAAAAUCGCUCGGUGUCGACGUAGAACCUGCGAAUUUCACCCACAAACAGGAAGUAGCCGAUUCCGUGAAUCAGUGGGCCGCACGUUCUACUAAAGGAUUGAUCAACGAGAUCAUCAGUCCCAUCGACAUAAGAGACAGUGAGCACGUCAUACUGUUGAACGCCAUCGUGCUGGAUGCCAAGUGGAAAGAGCCUUUCUGGCCAUUUACCAUUGAAAAAGUCUUCCAUUUCACGAAUGGUGACCACAUCGUUGGUAUGAUGUUCAUGGAUGGAUAUUUUUCGUACGGUGAGUUCGAUGGGUUGAAGGCGCUGGAGUUGCCGUACGAAGACCAUACCGACUUGUCCAUGGUACUGAUUUUGCCAACAACGGGAUCAUUGGAGGAUUUGGUGAAAAGAUUUAACAUGGAACUGUACACAAAAAUGGACAGCGUAAUGGAUGUUGAGAAGGGGGAAAUUGAAAUUCCAAAAUUCAAGACCAGUUCCAAAAUUAAAGCAAAAGAUGUUUUGCAAUCGAUGGGGCUUGAAUCGGCCUUCGAGGAAGGUGCCUUCAGAGUGUUUGCAGAACACCCUGCCCAACUAACAGAGUUACGACAAAAUGCAGUUAUUGAAGUUUCGGAAAGUGGCACCAAGGCGGCUGCGAUUACUGUUGGUGGAAUCGACCUGAGGAGUGGCCCUUUGUACGAUUUCAUAGCUGAUCGACCAUUCAUGUAUCUGAUCCGAAGGAUGUCUACCAAAGAAAUCAUCUUCAUUGGACACUUUUCUCACUUCAAAUGAGCUUAAAAACUAAAUAAAAAAAUAUUAUGAAAA